CCAACGGACUACAUCACCACAGCUAACAUCUCUAUUACUUCAGCCAUCAAAAAAACACUUACUUCUCCUUGCUAAACCAUGGCUGCUUCUACAAUGGCUGUCUCUUCCCCUUCUUUUGCCGGAAAGGCGGUGAAACUCUCACCAUCUUCCUCUGAAAUCACGGGAAAUGGAAAAGUCACCAUGAGGAAGACUGCUAGCAAGGCCAAGCCUGUCUCUUCUGGCAGCCCAUGGUAUGGUCCUGACCGCGUCAAGUACUUGGGACCAUUCUCUGGCGAGUCUCCAAGCUACUUGACCGGUGAGUUCCCUGGUGACUACGGGUGGGACACUGCUGGACUUUCAGCUGACCCAGAAACAUUUGCCAAGAACCGUGAAUUGGAAGUGAUCCACUGCAGAUGGGCCAUGCUUGGAGCUCUUGGUUGUGUCUUCCCUGAACUCUUGGCCCGUAAUGGUAUCAAGUUCGGUGAAGCUGUAUGGUUCAAGGCUGGAUCCCAAAUUUUCAGCGAGGGUGGACUUGACUACUUGGGUAACCCAAGUUUGGUCCACGCUCAAAGCAUCUUGGCCAUCUGGGCUUGCCAAGUCGUGUUGAUGGGAGCAGUUGAGGGUUACCGUGUUGCUGGUGGACCUCUCGGUGAGGUUGUUGACCCACUUUACCCUGGUGGCAGUUUCGACCCAUUGGGUCUUGCUGAAGAUCCAGAGGCUUUUGCUGAGCUCAAGGUAAAGGAGAUCAAGAAUGGCAGACUUGCUAUGUUCUCCAUGUUUGGAUUCUUCGUUCAGGCUAUCGUUACCGGAAAAGGUCCAUUGGAGAACCUUGCUGACCAUCUUGCAGACCCAGUAAACAACAAUGCUUGGGCCUAUGCCACAAACUUUGUUCCCGGAAAGUGAAUUUAACAAAAGUUGAUCUCUAAUCUUCAAGUAGUGUGAGACUAAGUAUGUAGCUUGUGAGUGAUGAACCCAAAGAAGGGUCAGAGUUUAUUUUUAGCAUUCUGGGUUAUGGGUUCAUUAAAGAGAUUGUAAUGUGGUGUAAAUUGAUUUGGAUUAAUUAAUGACGAGCAUGUGAAUCUAUCAUAUUCUUUAUUGCA